AAAUCCACUUGAAGUUUUCUGACGGGGACUUAUGGAUCAUUUGGCCCACUGCUAUCAUUAUUAGAGUACGGAGUAUUCUUGGUUGGAAAGCUUAUGUCGAGCAUGUCGCAAAACCAAUGUGAGAGGCUCGUAUAGGGUGCUGCUGCUGCCUGUUAUCUUUCUCUCUUUUAGUUAUCUCUUUUAUCUCUCCCACCUUUUUUCCAACCUCCUCCUUCCGUGUCUCACUCCUGUGCAGGAAUUGGUUUGGUACCUUGGUAUUUUCGUUUUUUGUACCUUGGUCAAAUCUACAUUUCCCCCUUCUUCUAACUAUAUUCUUUCGUUUCGCGCGUGUCAAUUCAACGCGUCGCGAUUAUCGAUCAUGACUACUACAACUGACACCACCGACUCUGGCAGUGCGGUGAGUCACGGCUUGACGAAGGUUCUCGGGGAAUUGGGCCUUGUCACUGUCUGGCGAGCCUCGCGCGAUGUGAAGCUACUGGGCGCCCAGCGUUUUGUUCGAAUGUUCGCCUAUGGUUGCUCGACGCUGAUUCUCGUCUCUUAUCUCAAAGCCUUGGACAUCUCCGAACAGAACAUUGGGCUGUUCAUGACCCUCACCUUGUUUGGAGAUGUCUUCAUCAGCUUUUUUCUCACACUGUUCGCCGAUACGAUGGGUCGGAGGGCAGUUCUCAUUCUGGGCUCCUUCCUGAUGGCGGGCAGUGGGGUCAUCUUCGGUCUGUUCAAUAAUUAUUGGAUUCUUCUUGCCGCCGCAGUCUUUGGCGUCAUUAGCCCGAGCGGCAACGAUAUCGGUCCUUUUCGUGCGGUGGAAGAGUCGACACUCGCCCACCUUACCCUACAUGAACACCUUGGCGAUAUCUUCACCUGGUACUCUCUCAUCGGUACUGCAGGGACCGCUCUUGGGAUGAUGAGCGGUGGGUGGAUCAUAACCUUCCUGCAGUCUGUCAAAGGGUGGAAUUUCGAGACUGCCUGUCGCGCGAUUUUCUUCGGGUAUGGUGCCAUCGGGGUGGUCAAGUUGUUUCUUUCGCUUGGCCUGAGUCACAACGUGGAAGCUGAGGAGAAGCAAAAGAAGAAGACUGGUCCGCUGCAGGGUCAGCAGGAAGCGACUGAAACCCAGCCAUUGUUGGGUGAACAGUCGACUCAGACAGAACAGCCCAAGAAGCGGGGACUCUUUGCGUCAGCGGACAAGGCCCUCCUGUCUUUGAUUAUCAAACUCUUCCUUCUCUUCGGCUUGGACUCAUUUGCCUCUGGAUUGGCUGCACUUUCAUGGAUGACAUACUUCUUCAAGGUCAAGUUCGAUCUGCCGGAAGGAAAUCUGGGUUCUAUUUUCUUUACCACGAGUCUCAUCUCCGCCGCGUCCAUGCUGGUCUCAUCUUCCAUUGCUAAACGUAUCGGAUACGUCAGGGCCAUGGUUUUCACCCAUCUUCCAUCCACCAUUUGUCUUGCUCUUAUCCCCGUUCCGAACAGUCUUCCCCUGGCGCUGACUUUCUUGGUCCUGCGCGCAUGCUCCCAAAACAUGGAUGUCGCCCCUCGGGCUGCCUUCUUGGCCUCAGCCCUUCCAUCCGACAAGCGCACGGCGAUCAUGGGUUCCGUCAAUGUGGUCAAGACCACCGCUCAGAGCGCAGGGCCCUAUAUCACCGGCUUCAUGGCAGACCAUGGUUUAUUCGGGUGGUCGUUCACUGUUGCCGGUAUCCUGAAGGUAGUCUACGAUCUUGGGAUGCUGUUCACCUUUGCCGGCACAGAGCCUGCCAAAAAGAAGCCUGCCUCCACUGAAGAGGGAGAAGUAGAGAACUAAAACUAAGGGAUGACAUAUAUUUAUGGUCUCAGUGGAGACAUACACAUUUACGCAAUUUAUAUACAUGGAGAGGUCCCUUCGCUGAUGACCUUAUAUACUAGAACUUUAGGAUAUAAAUCCAUACAUGCUUUUGAACGUCUA